UAGCUUUAGGCGUUUGUGGCGCGCGUGUGUAGAGUAUGGUGUGAAGUGCGUUCUGACGUGCAUUAAGAGACGCGCUAUUUCUUCUACUCAUUCAUUUAUUUCAGCUAUUGACCAUGGUUUCUCUAACGCCUUUUAACAUGGCUAUCGACGAUCUAAAAACACUUAACACGUAUGUGGUACAGGGACUGGACAUGAUACGCGGUGUUGCUGCGGAUAUCUGUAGUGUAGAGACAGGUGACAGUGUUAACGUAGACGUGGAGGAGUUGAAGAGUUGCACCGAAGCUGUGAUUAAGGAAGAGUACGACGCCGCCAGUUUCGUGGAAGCGGCUCCACAACUUAUCCAAAAGAUCCGGCAAGCUACUGAAGCAGAUCAGAGCCUGGACUGGAAAAAAGAACUUGCCUCCAUCUAUGAAGCUGCUAGACGGAAGCAAGGAAACCCCGCCGAUCACAUGGCAUACAAGGAUGUCCUUCGCAUUACCAGCAGACGCGAGGAAGUGACAUCAUCUCAAAGCUCGGAAGACCUUAUCAUGACUGAAGAUGUUAGCAACACUCAAUGGAAGGACCCAAUCACCCAGAAGGACAUCGAAGUGCCCGUGAAAAACACGAAGUGCGGCCACAUUUAUGACAAAAUGAGCAUCAGCAUCUACAUCAAACGCUCCAAACACCCCAGGUGCCCGUAUUUGGGUUGCGGAAACAAAUCGACGCUGAACAUGAAAGACCUUGUGAACGACCACUUUGUUGCAAGAAUGCUCCGCGAACGAUCGCAACACAAAGAUUGAGCACCGCCCCCGGUCCCUAGUCUUGUUUAUGUACAAGCCGUUACAAAUAAAAUUAUCUUUCUUAGCGAGUUA